GUCACAGAUCACGUGGUUAUAGAAAACGAAAGCUUCUGUACAGCGCUUCAGUGAGAUGUUUCGUUUUCUUUUUCUUUUCUUUGUUUUUUUUUUUUUCGUCACACCACUAAGAAACACCGAUCAGUGUAUAUAGUUUACUGUAGGCUAUUUUGUGAGAUAUUUGCAUUUGUCGCUCGGUUUGAAUGCGGCUCAGGAAUGAAGAACGCAUUGAGAUUCAGCUGAACAGAACACUAUUAAAUUAUUUCCAUCGAUCAUCUGUAUUACAUUCACAGCUCUACAAAAAACAAACAAACAAAAAAACAACAACAGCAACAUGCAGAUGAUAUUAUUGUUGUCUCUGUUACUUCUGGGCGGUGUGUUCAGUGCAGAAACAGAUGAGAAAGUGUCAGUGAUGGAGGGAGAUUCUUUCACUCUACACACUAAUCUUUCUGAAAUACAGAACGAUGACACAAUACUAUGGUUGUUUGGGCCUAAAGAAUCUGUCAUUUCUCAAAUAACCAGAAAGAGCGACUUGACCUCAUUUUUUGUGACCGAUGAUGUGAAAUUCAAAGGUAGAUCGCAGGUGGAUCAAGACACUGGCUCUCUCACCAUCAGAAACACCAGAAAGAGACUCUCGGGACAAUAUAAACUAACAAUCUCAAGAGAAAAAAUCACAUCCAGGAUAUUUAGUGUGGAUGUUUUUGGUGUGGUUGCUGAGACGGGUGGAGUGAAGUCGGUAUCAGUGAUGGAGGGAGAUUCUGUCACUCUACAGAAUGAUGUUACUAAAUUAAAGGAGGAUGAUCUGAUUGUGUGGAGGUUUGGAGAUAAAGGCAUCCUCCUGGCUAAUAUUGACGUAGAAACGAAUGAGGCCUCUAUAAAUGUUGAUGAUGAGCGAUUCAGGGAGCGACUACAAUUAAAUCAGACUGGAUCUCUGACCAUCAAAAACGCCAGAGCCGAACACGCGGGACUUUAUGAAGUACAGAUCAGAGGCCGUGAGAGCUCGCAGCAAUUCCUUCUUUCUGUCAGUGCUGUUCCUGAUCCGGGUCUGUCUACAGAUGUCAUAGCUGGAAUAGUUGUUGCUGUUCUGCUGGUGGCUGCACUUUUAGCUGUAGUUGUGAUUUACUAUCGCCACAGGAUCUCUAAACUACAAAAACAAGUGGCUGAAGAAAAGACAGAGUCAGGGGAGGAAGGGAGAUCUGUCAAACUAGAGACUGGUACUGAACUACGGAAAGGUGAUGAGAUAAAGUGGUGGUUUGAGGAUCACAUCCUCAUUGAACUCACAAGAAAGACCAGUAAAAAAAAUGAUACAGAAUGUGAUGUUGCUGAUGGGAGAUUCAGAAACAAACUGGUGCUGGAUGACAAGACUGGAGAUCUUAUCAUCAAUAACAUCAGGAGCAUUCACUCUGGACUCUACAAACUACAGAUCAGCCACAAAAACGGAAAAACCAAAUACAUGAGAUUCAUUGUUACAGUCACUGUGAAGGAAGUGCCAGCGAAGAUCGGAGAACCCGUCACUCUAGACUCUGGUCUUGAAACACUGAGCGGUGAUCUGAUACUGUGGACGUUUGGAGCUAAAAACUGUCUCGUUAUUAAAGGCGAAUCAGGAACGACGAUUAGGGAGAGAUCCGGAGACAGACUGCAGCUGGAUCAUCAGACUGGAUCUCUGACCAUCACGAACAUCACAGAUACAGACUUUGGACUUUUUCAACUACAGAUCAUCAACAGGGAACGGACCAGAUACAGGAGAUUCAAUGUGACUGAUUCUGACUCCAGAGAGAACCGAGAGAAUGAAUUAGCGACUGUAGAGAUACCGCUGUUGAAUGGAGAGGAUGUUGGAUGAAGUGAAUGAGGAGGAGGGGAUGAGUUCACUUUAAUAACAUAAGACCCGCCCACAAGUGUCAAUCAUUCUGACAUCAUCAACAUUUCAGUUCCAGCUACAACAACAAAACAUUUUUAAUUUGAAAGAUGCUAUGUGUUAUUACUCUGACUCUACCAACAAAUCUAAAAAUAUAUAUUUUCAUUUUUUUAUUUUGUUUGGCAAUUUUUUUAUCCAUAAACAAAAAUGUAUGGGCUCAGUUCCUGCUCUUUCACAUUUUCUGAUUGAAGUUUACUCACUGCUCAUCUUUUUGACUAGCAAUAAAAAAAUGUGUCAGGUUUUUGAAACUAUAUGAAAAAUGCAUUUCUAUCGACUCUAAGUUCAGACAGUUCUCUUUCAUUGCUCUUUUAUUUUAUUUAUUAUUAAUAUAUUAUUAUAUUUUCCCCUUAUUAUAAGCUGCCUACCCCUUUAUUUUGUUUUAAUUUUCCUAAUCGGGUGUAUACAGUUAUUCUUACUUAUAUCCUCUUUUCUUUGAUAAUGUUCUCCUGAAGAUGUUUGUAUAUUUUCAUCUUUUUUUUAUAAAAAAAAAAACCAACAAAACAUUUUUCUGCUUUUAUGAGCCUCUAAUACUGGAUGUUAAAAUAUGUCCUCAGAGCGGUUUACUGUUUGUUUGUGGCCAGGUUGGUGGCAGUCGCAUUAUAUUUUGGCUAUGAGUGAAAUGCAGGUCGGCGGUCUUAGCCGUGAGCAGUUCCCCACCGAACACGACUCCAGCUCGGGCACGAGAACCAGCGCCGUUACGGUGGAAACAGAGAGUGGUCGACUACAAGUGAAUUACUUCUGUUUAAUGUCUAAUUUUUUAUUGCUAAUGUUUGCUAAACAAGUUUAAAUAGGCAAUAUGUAUAGCCUACGUAAAAAAAAUAAACUCAGUCGGGUCACUUUAGACCCAUGAUGUGCAUCAAAUGGUUAAUAAGACAUUUUAUCAAAGCAAUAUUUCUCUAACCAUUGUAUUCGCUGUUUUUAUAUAAUAAACACCAG